AUGGCUGAAGAAGCAGUAGAGCAGGAAACGGCAAAAGGUGGCGGUAAGAAAAACGUCAUCAUAUUUGUCAUUGCACUGGUUGUUGCCGUUGGUGCCAGCGUUGGCGGUACCGUCUUUUUCUUAAGCAGCGGUGAAGAAGCAGCUCAGGUAGAACCCGUUGAAACGGUCAGCAGCAAGCCGAAAACGGCGAUCUAUCAUAAUAUGCGUCCGCCUUACAUCGUGAACUAUCUCACCGGUUCGAAGCCUCGAUAUCUGCAGGCUGAAUUUACCAUUAUGGCGCGCAACGAAGCGGCGAUCGAAGCCGUCAUCCUGCACAUGCCCCUCAUUCGAAGUGAAAUUGUCAGUUAUCUGUCCGAACAGAAUUUCCUUGAACUGCAGACGCAGGAAGGCAAAGAGGCUGUGCGACGCGGCAUUGUGGAACUGGUUAACCGCGUCCUGGCCACCUAUGACGUUUCUCCAGGCAUUGAAAGAAGCGUUUGCACCAUGGCUGAUAAAGAUGUUCUCACUCAAGAAGAAAUUGAUGCGCUCUUAACGGGUGUUGAUGAUGGCUCGCUGGAUACCGAAUUUGGCGAGGAGGGUGGCAAUACAAUUACGCAUUACGACCUGACUAACGAGGACAAAGUUGUUCGUGGUCGUAUGCCAACACUGGAGCUGAUCGCGGAACGGUUUGCUCGCAUGUUACGUAAUGAUCUGCCGGCCAGUUUGAAGGUCCCCGUCGAAGUGGGGCUCGGUGGCGUGCAGGUGAUCAAGUACUCGGAAUAUAUCGAUACACUCUACGUGCCGACCUGCAUCAAAUUAUUGCGUAUUAAACCGUUUGCGGGGAUCUGUCUGUUAACCCUGGACGCAAAACUCAUUCAUCGUCUUGUAGAUUUGUUUUUUGGCGGCACCGGCCUUGUCAGUUCACUGGAAGGUAAAGAGUUCACCUUGACCGAAAGGCGGGUGAUUGAACGCAUCGUCAAUCUUAUCCUGCGCGAUUUCGAAAGUGCCUGGCAGGACGAGUUACCUAUCAAAACUGAAGUUGUGGGUGAUGAAGUUAAUCCGGGACUGGUUAACGUGAUUCCCGGUAGUGAAGUGCUGAUGUUAUGCAGUUUUCGCCUUGAGCUAGAAGAAGGUGGCGGCGAGUUACACAUUGCUUUUCCGUACGCCGCAUUAGAGCCCUAUAAAGGCGUGCUGGAUGCGACGGGCAAAAAAGAAUCCAAAGAAAGCAACGAUCAAUGGCGAGCAGGUAUGGAGCGUUCAAUUCUGGAUGCUGAGCUACCUCUGAACUGUGUCAUUGGUGAUGUGCAACUGCGGCUGCGAGACCUGAUGCGACUGCAGCCAGGAGAACCUCUGGAUGUACUGGUAAACGGUACGCUGGUUGCCCAGGGCCAAGACGUAAUGAAUCUGAUGCGUUUCAAGCAACUGUUGCUUCUGCUCUGCGGCAUUCUGAUCGCGCAGGAUGCGGCUGCAGUUAUGGAUCUGCCUGCAUUGACGGUCACCACAGAAGACGACGGUACGCAGAAAUACAGCGUGGGUAUUCAGAUCCUUGUCGUAAUGACCAUCCUGACGCUGUUACCGUCUCUGGUCAUCAUGAUGACGGCGUUCACCCGCAUUAUCAUUGUAUUUGCAAUUCUGCGACAGGCUAUCGGCAUGCAGCAGACGCCUUCCAAUCAGAUAUUGGUUGGCAUCGCGCUGUUUAUGACUAUUUUCAUCAUGGCGCCGGUGUUUGAAGAAGUGAAUCGAGUUGCUAUAGAGCCCUACGUUGCCGAAACCUUACCUCCUCAACAGGCACUUGAGGCUGCAGCGGAACCUUUUCGUGCGUUUAUGUUAGAGCAGACUCGUGAAAACGAUCUGGAUCUGUUCAUGCGCUUGUCUGAACACGAACCUGUGGAUACCGCUGAAGACAUCAACUUUUUUGUGCUGGUGCCUGCUUUCAUGACCAGUGAAUUGAAGACUGCUUUUCAGAUUGGCUUCAUGUUGUUUAUACCAUUCCUGAUUAUCGACAUGGUGGUUGCAAGUGUUCUGAUGUCCAUGGGUAUGAUGAUGCUGUCGCCAUUGAUUAUCUCCCUGCCGUUCAAAAUCAUGUUGUUCGUGUUGGUUGACGGGUGGGUCAUGAUCAUGGGCACCCUUGCGCUGGGACUGAUUGUCAUCAUCGUUUCUAUUCUGGUGUUGCCAAGCUUGUUCGUCGGCCUGGUCGUUGAUAUGACGAUCUCAAUGGCUCAAUUCUCCGGCUUUAUCAGCGAGUUGCUGUUCAAUACUCUGCGGGUUGCGGGCUUCUUCAUGGUAGUGCCGAUCUUUGGUAACCAACUGGUAUCGCCGCGGAUCCGCAUUGCUUUAAGUAUGGCGGUAGGUCUUGCUCUGACGCCAGUUAUGGGUGAUGCGCCGGAUAUUGCUGAUCUUAACCUGGGUAUCAUGGUGGAUCUGGUUUUACAGAUUAUGCUGGCCAUAGGCCUGGGUUUUACUGCGGUUAUUUUCUUCCAGUUGUUUGUGAUUGCCGGCCAGUUUAUCGGCAUGCAGAUGGGGCUUGGAUUUGCUGCCAUGGUAGAUCCUGGAAAUGGCGUAUCUGUCACUGUCUGGUCGCAAUUUUUCCUCAUGUUGGUGACGUUGUCUUUUCUGGUACUCAAUGGUCACCUGAUUCUUUUCGAGAUUUUUGUUGCCGGUUUCAAGCUUUAUCCGAACGGUAUGGAACUGGGUAUGGGUGAGUUUGCCGCGCGUAUCGCCCAACUGGGCGGCUGGAUGUUCGCCGGUGGUGUCCUGCUUGCCAUACCCGCGGUUGUUUCGCUGCUGAUUGUAAACAUGUCGUUUGGCGUCAUGAAUCGCAGUAUAGGUAUGGCUGAAGAACAACAAGGUCAGGAAAAGACAGAAGACGCAACCCCCCGGAAACUGGAGAAAGCCAGAGAGGAAGGGCAGGUCGCUCGUUCGCGUGAACUGAACAGCGUUGCCAUCGUGACAUUCGGCGCCGCUGCUGCGAUUUUUGUCGCGCCUGAUCUUGCAGCGCUGAUGAUGGACAUGACCCGGGUGAUAUUCACUUCAGCAGCACAACCGGAAAUUCCGUUGCCCACUUAUCUAAGUAAUGCCGUUGGUGAGGCUAUGUGGGCAAUUUUGCCGUUCAGUCUGGUGAUGUUCGCGGCUGGCGUUCUGUCCAGCAUCGGCGUUGGCGGCAUAUUGUUUUCUUCUAAAGCGUUUGCGCCAAAGUUAAGCCGAAUGAGUCCGCUAAAAGGUCUGGGACGUAUGUUCUCAAAAAAAUCGCUGAUGGAGCUGGCUAAAUCGUUAGCAAAAUUUGUACUGGUGUCUGGCGUAGCAACGCUUGUUUUGUCUUAUUUCCUGGAUGAUUUGUUGGUUCUCGGCGGAUUGCCGGUAGAAGUCGCUAUUGCAGAAGGCGUCGUUUAUGUCGGCUGGGCGCUGCUGUUUAUUGGGAUGGCGCUGGUUGUUGUUGCCGUUAUGGACGUGCCUUUUCAAGUUGCGGAUCACAAGAAGCAACUCAAGAUGACUAAACAGGAAGUCAAAGACGAGCAUAAAGACUCGGAAGGCAAACCUGAAGUAAAAGCCAGAAUACGUGCGCUGCAGCAGCAGAUGUCGCGGCGCAAAGCACUUGAAGAUGUACCGGAUGCCGAUGUGGUUAUCACCAACCCCGAGCAUUUCUCGGUAGCUAUUAAGUACAACGCAAAAGAAAUGGCUGCACCGGUACUGUUGGCUAAAGGUGUAGAUCACAUGGCAUUUCGUAUCCGGGAAAUUGCGGAUAAGCAUGAGGUGCCUAUUGUGCCGAUACCUGCUCUGGCACGUGCGAUUUACUUUAAUACCGAAGCAGGUGAUGAAAUCCCGGAAGGUUUGUAUAUCGCCGUAGCCCAGGUGCUUGCCUAUAUCUAUCAGUUAGAGCAGUACCAGCGAGGCGCUCUCGCUAUUCCCUGUCUGUUGUUGCUGGUUCUGGCACUGAUGACGAUCCGCGUCCCGCCCACGGUACUGGACCUGUCUUUUACCUUUAACAUUGCACUGGCACUGGUUGUUCUGCUGGUCAGUGUUUACGUCAUGCGUCCGCUGGAUUUUGCGGCGUUUCCAACCAUUCUCCUGGUUGCGACGCUGUUAAGACUGGCAUUAAACGUAGCGUCUACCCGGGUUGUGUUGCUUGAUGGCCAUGGUGGCGGAUCUGCGGCUGGAAAGGUCAUUGAAUCCUUCGGAGAAGUCCUGGUUGGUGGUAAUUACGUGGUCGGUCUUGUCGUAUUCAUCAUUCUGGUGAUCAUCAAUUUUGUGGUUGUGACAAAGGGCGCCGGCCGCAUUUCUGAAGUCAGUGCUCGAUUUACCCUGGAUGCGAUGCCAGGCAAACAGAUGGCCAUUGAUGCGGAUUUGAAUUCUGGAGUAAUUGAUCAGGAACAGGCACGCGUACGCCGUGAAGAAGUGGCAGCUGAAGCGGAUUUCUACGGCUCGAUGGACGGCGCAAGCAAAUUUGUCAAAGGUGAUGCGAUAGCCGGCAUUCUAAUACUGCUGAUAAAUAUUGUUGGUGGUCUGACAAUCGGCAUCGUGCAGCACGAUCUGGAUUUCAGUCAGGCCCUGGAAGUUUAUACGCUGUUGACGAUUGGUGACGGACUGGUAGCCCAACUUCCCUCUUUGUUGCUCUCUACGGCGGCAGCAAUGAUCGUGACACGCGCAAACAGCUCUCAGGAUAUGGGGCUACAGGUGGUUAACCAGCUUUUUGCAGAACCUAAAGCGUUGGCAAUUGCUGCCGGUAUUCUAUUUGCGUUAGGUAUUGUUCCCGGGAUGCCGCACGGGGUGUUUUUAACCCUCGCUAUAGCAGCCGCUGCGAUUGCAUGGUGGAUUCAUCAGAAAUCUCUGCAACCAGUUGCUGUUGCGACAGCUGUGGAAGAAGAGGUGGCAGACGUACAACCAGAGCGUUCCGAAGUCAGUUGGGAAGAUGUCAGUCCGGUAGAUACGCUGGGUUUAGAGGUGGGUUAUAAACUGAUCCCGCUGGUUGAUAAGAAUCAGAGCGGUGAGCUGCUGAGUCGAAUACGCGGUGUAAGGAAAAAACUUUCACAAGAGCUCGGUUUUCUUGUGCCAACGAUCCAUAUCAGAGACAACCUUGAUCUGUUACCCAACGGUUACAGGUUUUCUUUAAUGGGUGUCAGUGUUGGGGAGGCAGAGAUAUUUGUAGAUAAAUUUCUGGCGAUCGACCCGGGCGAAACGUUUGGUCCCUUGAGUGGUCUGGCAACAAAAGACCCAGCCUUCGGUCUGCCGGCUUACUGGAUAGAAGAACAUGAAAAAGACAAUGCCCAGACCCUUGGCUACACAGUUGUAGAUGCCAGUACUGUUGUGGCUACGCAUGUCAAUCAGAUCAUGUUGGAUAACGCAGCAGAUCUGCUGGGGCAUGAUGAAGUGCAGCAUCUGGUUGAUUUACUGGCCCAGGGUUCGCCAACUCUCGCCGAGCAGCUGGUGCCUGGAGCGAUCAGUUUGUCGGGAUUGUUAAAAAUAUUGCAGAACCUGCUGCGCGAAAAAAUUCCGGUGAAAGACAUACGUACUAUUGCACAGUGUCUGGCUGACGGUAGCGCCAGCAGCCUGAGUCUGGAUGAUCAGACUAAUCUGGUACGUAGUCAGCUUUCACGCAUGAUCGUACAGAACAUAUACGGAAGUGAGCAAUCGUUAGAAGUCAUCACGCUCGAUCCGGAGCUGGAACAACUGCUGUUGCAGGCAAAAAAUCAGGGCAGUGCCGAUGCACCGGUGAUCGAGCCGGUGAUGGCGGAACGGUUGCAGCAAUCGGUAGUGAGCGCAGCCGAACAACAGGAAAUGGCUGUGAUUCACGUUCUUGCUUACGAAGAAAUACCAGAAAACAAACAGAUCACUGUUGUGUCAACAAUUGGCUGUCAUCCCGAUCUGGUGGAGCACCUGGUAAAACUUGGGUACGAGGAGUCUGUGAUUCAGGCUUUGCCCGGUUGUGCAGAUCUUGGUCAGUUUCGAACCGUGCUGGCUCAACGCCUGCACUAUGCCCACAAGCCAGGUUCCGCGCUGCUGGGUGUUUAUCGCUUUGUUGGUACCAGUGGCGUCGGCAAAAGCUCACUGGUUAUAAAGCUGAUGGCGCAGUUUGUGAGGCAGAACCCGAGCACGGCGCUAGCUGUAAUUUCCACAGAUAUGGAGCGACUUGCGGGUACCGAAGCGCUGCAGCUCGCGUGCCAGACAUUUGGUGUGCACAUGCAGGAGUGUGCGCCUGAAGAACUGCAGGCCACCGUGCAGAAGUUCAAAAACAAAGCGCUGAUACUCGUUGAUACGCCGGCAAUAGCACCAGCGCGCCCCUUGAUCGCUAUCAGUGGGGUGAAAGAUAUCUGGGUUUGCAGUGCGCUGCACAGUCUGGCGCACCUGCGCGCUCAGCAUCAACAGGUGGCAGGUUUAAAUCCAGCAGGGGUAGCUGUGACACAAACAGACCUGAGUAUCGAAGGUGAUGCUUUGGGUGGUUUGUUGUACGACCUGCGUCUGCCGCUCUACUGGCUGGGCACCGCCAAUGGGUUACCUGAUGGCCUGGAGCUGGCAAAUGAACAGAGUGUUGAACAAUGGCUGUUUGUUGUUGCCGUUACCGGCGGCAAAGGUGGGGUGGGCAAAACUAACGUAAGCGUUAACUUAGGACUGGCUAUGUCAGCCCUGGGGCGUCGCACAACACUUCUGGACGCAGAUCUGGGGCUUGCCAAUAUUGAUGUACUUCUUGGCUUAAAGCCUCGUCAUACGUUGAAAGAUGUCCUUGAUGGCACGUGUUCAAUGCAUGAGGUCAUCAUAAAUGGACCCCAUGAUUUAAAAGUUGUGCCUGCGGCGUCCGGGUUGCAGGAAAUGGUCAAGCUUGGACCACGGGAACAUGCGGGGCUGAUCUCUGCGUUCAGCGAUAUCGCUCACAAAAUGGACGUAUUGAUUAUCGAUACAGCGGCGGGCAUUGCCGACGAUGUGUUGAGCUUUCUGUGUGCAGCGCAGGAAAUUAUUGUGGUGGUAUGCAACGAACCGACAUCAAUUACAGACGCUUACGCGCUGAUAAAAAUUCUGAAUCAGCAGUUUGGUAUCAACAAGAUCCGUGUCGUUGCCAAUAUGGUACGCAAUGACGCUGACGGCGUCGCCGUAUAUGACAAGUUGCAACACGUCACUGAUCGUUUUCUUGAUGUAGCCUUGUUGCACGCCGGGUCUAUUCCUCAGGAUGAGCAAUUACGUCGAGCGGUGCAGAAACAGCGCGCCGUGCUUGACCUUUAUCCUGCCAGCAAGUCUGCGCAGGCGGGCAUGUUGGGCCUGCUGGAAUCGGUAGGUAAAUAUGAUGCGUCGAAAGGCGCCAGUUUCGAAACCUAUGCCGGUAUCCGCAUUCGGGGAUCUAUGCUGGAUGAAAUGCGUCGUGGAGAUUGGGCGCCGCGUUCGGUGCAUCGCAAUGCACGUCGGGUGACCGAGGCUAUGCGUAAGGUUGAGCAUGCACUAGGCAAAGAAGCCAGCGAUCGUGACAUCGCCGAUCGUAUGCAGGUGUCGUUGGAAGAGUACUACGACAUUUUAAAAGAUGCCUCUACCUGUCGUCUUGUCAGCUACGAAGAAUUGAAUGAGAGCGACGAUCCCAGUGCUCUGCCUCAUCUGGAUGUCGGUGAUCACGGCGCUGAGCGUGAUGAAAUGAUACAGGACCUGGUUGCUGCCAUCGGCGAGUUACCUGAACGCGAACGUCUGGUGAUGUCGCUUUAUUACGACGAAGAAUUGAAUUUGAAAGAAAUUGGCGCUGUGCUUGGCGUCAGUGAGUCGCGUAUCAGCCAGAUUUUAAGCCAGGCCACUUUGCGGGUACGCAGCAAAGUAGGUGGACAGGUUGCGGCGCUCCUGGAUGCGCCGGCGUUCAUCAUUGUUGUGGGUGGGACGCUGGGUAUUCUGGGUGCCGUCAUUGGCCUUAUUCAGGUAUUGGGUAACCUCGCUGACCCUAAUGAGUUGGGCGCCGGUAUUGCCACCGCAUUUGUGGCAACAAUUUAUGGGGUUGGCGAGCCUGACAAAGCCGCAUCUCCCCAUGUUGUUGACCUGCCAGAAAGUACAGCUUUUGCUGAUCAGGAAGAUGGAGAUACUUUUAUUGAGGAUCCCAUUGACGCGGCGCAAUCCUUAUUGGGUGGUUUUGCUCAGCUGGAGGGUGUCUCAGUGGCCUCCAACAAUGAAUGGCUCGAGCUCAGCCUGGAUGCCAACGUAUUGUUUGCACCAGGACAAACCAGCCUGACCCCGGUUGCGGCAGCUUUACUCGAGCCAGCCGUCGCGCUGGUUUCCAGCACCCGAAACCCGUUAACAAUAGAAGGCUUUACUGACAACGUGCCCAGUGAAUCUCAGUUGUAUCCUUCCAAUUGGGAAAUAUCAUCCGCACGGGCGUCAUCAGUAGCUCGUUUCUUUGUCAGUCAGGGGGUGCGCCCUGAACGAAUUUCCGCCGUAGGUUAUGGCGAAAACUUCCCGGUUGCGACCAAUGCUACGCCUGAUGGGCGGGCCGCCAACCGGCGUGUUGUCGUAGUCAUUGCUCGACGCACAGAUGCCUCGCGAAACCUCAAUGCAAACCCCGAGGGUGGGGCUUUUGCAUUCCUGCGCUCAGGGCCGCAAAACGAGCUUGAUCCGCGGGUUGUGAAAACCAGAACGCCCGAGGGUGGAUUAAUAUUCAGUACCGAAAGUGAUCUGCUGUCUCGUGAUGAUGAAUAG